UGACUUGUUAAAGCCGACAAGCAGAAGAAGAUGAAGGCCACCAUUUUCAUGGCUGCUGCCAAAAAAAAGAAAAAAAUGAUAGAAUUAAUCUGAGCUUUGCAUUUAUUUUCCCACAACCACCAUGCAUUUUCACCAAUACUCUACAAAGAUGCCGUCGUCUAGUUCUGCUACAGUCGUUGCCUCAGCGAUUCUAUUUCCUAAACCUUCCAUUCCAGACAGAAAGGUUCUUAACUGCAAAAUCUUCCAGGAAAAAACUGAUAGCAAUCUUGGUCUCAAAAGAAAUAUCACAUCUACAGAGAAAUAUUUCAAAUAUUUUAUUAAUUCUGCUUCAAGGAAUGAUAAUACCUUGGUCGAAUUCGAUGUUCCAUUCCCUAGUGACUAUUCUGAGCUUCUUGAACAAGCCAAAAAAGCUACUGAACUAGCUUUGAAGGAUAACAAGCAGCUGAUGGAGAUUGACUUUCCAACAGCUGGACUUGAAUCUGUAUCAGGGGAUGGUGAAGGAGGGGUGGAAAUGACUGAGAGUAUGCAGCUAAUUCGUGAGUUUUGUGACCGCUUUGUAAGUCCAGAAAAAGCUACACGUACCAGAAUAUUUUUUCCAGAGGCAAAUGAAGUUAAAUUUGCAAGAAAAUCAGCAUUUGAAGGCACUUCCUUUAAACUUGACUACCUGACAAAGCCAUCCUUUUUUGAGGAUUUUGGUCUUUUUGAAAAAGUCAAAAUGGCAGAUCAAGUGAAGCCAGAAGAUGAACUGUUUCUAGUUGCCUAUCCGUAUUUUAAUGUCAAUGAAAUGCUUAUGGUGGAUGAGCUUUAUAAAGAAGCUGUUAUGAACACGUCUAGGAAACUAAUGAUAUUCAAUGGUGAACUUGACCGCAUAAGAUCAGGAUAUUACCCACCAUUCUUCUACCCAAAGCUGGCUGCACUUUCAAAAACACUGCUGCGGAAGAUGGAGACUGUAUAUUACAUUCACAAUUUUAAAGGACAGAAUGGAGGAGUGCUGUUCAGGUGCUACCCAGGUCCUUGGAAGGUCCUGAGAAAAGUGAAGAAUAAAUAUCUUUGUUUGCAUCAGCAGGAAGUUAUGCCAUCUCUUAAGGAAGUUGCCCUUGAUAUUCUUCCUUCAUCUUGACAUCUUGGUAUUUGAUUGUUACACUACUAAUCGUAUAGAAUCAUCCUCCUGUUUUUCUGGUCUGCCCAUAUUAUAGAUCCAGUGUUCAGCUUAUGUAUGAUUAAGCUCGAGAUGUGUCUCUGUUGCAUCAGUUUCACCAAAGGAACCAUUGUCUAGAAAUGAGAGUACGUAAAAUUCAUUAUUAGGUAUUAAUGCUAAAAAUUACUCUAUGAUCAUGCUCUUAAUUCUAGCAGAGUUUAAAUUUUGUGUUGUUAUCUUUGUUUCUCUUCAUGUUAUGUGAUGAUUGACUAAUUCUGAAGGCUGAUCGCCGAAAGUUGUUUUCAUUUGGAAA